AUGAAGCUGCAUUUUUUCACAGCUAUGAGUUGGCUGAAGGCAAGGAGUGCUACAGUCUUCUGCUGUCUUGUGUUACUUGUUGUAUAUCUCACUUCCUUUUAUGUAAGGCAUUUAACAAACCAAAGCCCAGCAGACAAUGUGCCAGUGACCAGUAAAGGAGGACAAAAUCAGAGCACCAACUUAGACGACAAGCUUAACUUUGGAGCCAGACCAAAGGUUGUUACACGCACAUCCUGGAAUGCUCCUGUCAUCUGGGAGGGGAUGUUUGACCCAAAUCUGUACGACCAAAACCACAUCCAAAACAACUCAUCUGUGGCCCUCACCGUGUUUGCUGUGGGAAGGUACCUUGAUGCCUAUCUCAAGACUUUCCUUACCUCUGCAGAACAGCAUUUUAUGUUGGGAUUACAAGUGACGUAUUACGUGUUUACGGAUCUACCAGAAAAAGUACCAAACAUCAAGCUUGGUCCUCACCGGAGCCUGAGGGUUAUCCAGGUGGAAAAGCACUCCAGAUGGCAGGACAUCUCCAUGAUGCGCAUGAAAACGAUAUCAGAUGCCAUAGAAUCAGAGAUUCGUCACCAUUGCAAUUAUAUCUUCUGCUUUGACGUGGAUCAGGAGUUUAAGGGAAGAUUUGGCUCAGAGGCUCUGGGGGAUUCUGUGGCUCUGCUACACGCAUGGUUUUAUAAACUUCCAAAGUACCAAUUUACCUAUGACAGAAACCCCAAAUCCAAAGCCUACAUGACAACAGGAGAUUACUACUAUCAUGCUGCCAUCUUUGGAGGCUUGUGGAACAAUGUGAAAGAUUUGGCAGAUUUCUGCUUUCUGGGUAUCAUGGAGGACAAACUAAACAAUGUGGAGGCUCGGUGGCAUGAUGAGAGUCAUCUGAACAAGUACUUUUGGCUUCACAAGCCAAGCAGGCUGCUCUCCCCUGAGUACUGCUGGGACCCGAUAAUAACUGAUAAGAGAGACAUACUUGUCACCCGCCUAGUUUGGGCACCAAAACAUUAUGACAAACUUCGUACUCGGUAG